CGAAUUUUUAAAAUUAUGUAUUUGUUUCUACAGGAUGAAUUCCAUCCAUUCAUUGAGGCUCUUUUGCCUCAUGUCAAAUCAUUUUCAUACACAUGGUUCAAUCUACAGGCUGCAAAACGGAAAUAUUUCAAAAAACACGAGAAACGUAUGAGUUUAGAAGAGGAAAGAAGGUGUAAAGAAGAACUUCACAAUGAGAGAACAGAAGUGAAGCAAAAAUGGGCAUCACGACUUUUAGGAAAAUUACGGAAAGACAUAACACAGGAAUGCAGGGAAGAUUUUGUUUUAGGCAUUACUGGGAAAAAGCAUGCAACCUGUGUACUAAGUAAUCCUGAUCAAAAAGGGAAAAUGAGAAGAAUUGAUUGUCUCCGCCAAGCCGAUAAAGUUUGGAGAUUAGACUUGGUCAUGGUAAUAUUAUUUAAAGCCAUCCCAUUAGAGAGUACUGAUGGUGAAAGGUUGGAAAAAUCACCAGAAUGUCUUCAUCCAAAUCUUUGUGUAAAUCCGUACCACAUUAAUGUUUCUGUCCGUGAAUUAGACUUAUACUUGGCAAAUUUUAUACUCAGUCAUGAAACAUUAAGUGGAUCAAGAGAUAUAUGCGAUGAAGAUAAAGAAGAAGAAAGGGACAACAAUACUAUAUUUGCAACAGGUGUUUUCACAUCUGCUGAAUUAUAUAGGUUAUCUAAAGCAUCAAUUAUGCAUCCACUUAAUAACAAUCAGCCACCAUUAAAUAUGAUAAAAAUAGAAUCGCCAACCUAUUAUUGCAAUAGUUAUUCCUCGCCACCUGAUCAUAGGACAUUAACUGCAAGUACAGGAGGACCUAUUGUUGGUGUGCCAUCUCACAAUAAUCACGGUCCUCCUCAUCAUCAUCCAGCUAGUCCUACUUUGGAAUCUCGUAAUAUGAAUAAAAGACUUCGGAGGAUUUCAUCGACAGAUGACGAUUUAGACAAGACAUCCGCCGACAUAAGUACUUUCUAUACACAUAGUCCAGCCAAUAUGCACAGUCAUACACCUUGGGGAAAUGAAAUGGAACAUAGUGGAACUCAGCCUAUGCAUAUACAACAUACAACCCAUACAGAUAAAAUUAAAACAGAAGCUAGUGGAAAUUUUGUCACAGUAAGUGGUGGACCACUAACACCACAUGCUUCGCCGAAAGAUGUGGGUAUGGCAUCUCCUGAUAUCACAUACAGUACAAAGUCAGUAGUGUCACCAGAAGGGAGAGAUGGAAUGCAGCAUCAUAAUUCCAUGAAUAUAAACUCGCCGGCGUCCAGUCUCGGAGGUCCACUUCCUCACAACAGUCCGUACUAUAUAACUGCAGGGAAGUAUCAGGAGAAUGGUGAUACGUUAUCAGAUUUUGUCAACUUAGUUUGUCAAGAAGCUCAAAAUUCAGGAUCAAACACACAAACAAAUACAGAGUCAGGAGUUCGUAGUCCAACAAAACUUCCUCACUUUUAUACAAGUUCAAUGCUUCCUCCUCCCCCACCAGCUCCAAUGGCUCGGCCUGUGGCUAUCAUCAGGUCAACUGGUAGUACCUCACCUCCUGGUUCAGAAACUUCUGGUCCACCUUCAGGUCGAGAUUCAAGAAAACAAGUCACUACACCGCCAACUACUACUACUACUGGAUCAAGUACAAGCAACAAUGUAGAUACAUCUAUUAACAGAUCUGUGAUGAGUAGUCCAUUUACCUCUCUUGGUCGACCUGAACAUAAUUUUUCUCAUAUUCAUUCACAACCACCUCAGCUUUUCUCCUAUCCAAAUAUUAGUCCUGUAAGUGCUAUGAGUGGUGUAAUAAGCCCAACAAAUUUAAGCAUGUUUACUUCACCUGUUACAACUCCAAGAAAUACUCCUAGAAAUACCCCUGUACCACGAUGGAAUCCUCCAUUCAUAUCACUGGACGAAAACAUGGACUACAACAUGAUGGCAGGUUUAAUGUCGAGUACAAAUCCUGAGACGGAUCCUCCUCAUAUAAUUGGUGCUGAAGAAAGAUUCUUCUCAGUCGUGCACAAUUCGGAAACUGUAGAUACAAGUAAUCAGACAGGAAGUGCUCCUUCUACACCUACAAAAUCUCAGCCCUCCUAAGAAUUAAUUUAAAAAAGCCUCUCAUUCUUUGAUGUACUGCUUAAAAUUCAUAGAGUAAUAUAAAUUGAAAGAAAAAUUUAUGGAUUGAACCAUAUUAAAAUAACAGAAAAAGUGUUUCUGUGACACGAUUGCCUAUUUACAGUAGCAGCUUUAUAAAAACCUUUUUUUGGGUCUGAUAUGAAAUUAGAAGAUGUAUUGUCACAACAGUUAUACAAGAUCAAAGAAAAGAAAGGAUAUUACGAACUCAGGUAUCAUGUAAUUUGUAAUCUCCAUUUGGGCAUCUGAACUUUUAAAGAGCCUAAAAUUUUCAUCUGCUCACUUGAAGAGUUGGCUUGAUAGCUUGGCCAUUUACAACGAGUGUAUUUCACAAAUGACAAACGAAACUCCAAGACAGCUCUCUUCUUACAAGACACAUUUAUAAUGUGCUUGCCUUACAAAAUUAUGAAAGAACUUCUGAGAUCAGCUUGUAAGAUGUCGCUUUCCUUGUAACAAUAAGAAAAUGAAGCGACUAUCUUCCGCCCAUUUAUAAAACUUUUUGUGUAGUUUUAGAUUCUCAGAACGUUGAAAUUUCCUAAUUUUUGGUAGUAAAGAUUUAGAGCACAACUUCCCACUUAGAUCAUCCUUUGAAAAAUUAUUAAUCUAAUUAUUCACAUCUUCAAAGCAAUAGAGUAAGACUAAUACAUUCUAAUUGUUGAUCCUACUUAAAAAAAUUUGUAUUCAUCUAUAGUAAAGUAAGACUUGCAUAUAGGACAACUAACUGCUUAAUAAACAGCUCAAUUUAAAAAAAUUAAAUCAUGAUGCAAAGUAAUCAAUAUGCAAUAAAACAAAAACAAAAGAAAAAGAAAAACUAUAUUGUUAAACAAAGAUUUAGUUGUAUUUUCUACUUCAUCAUUCAAUAUCAGUUAGUUGGUUCUAUUUGCAAGUCUAAAAAGAUAAUAGAAUCAUGCAAUGAUAAUAUUAAAAAUUUAGCUUUUUGACAGUUCAAUUUUUUCCAUCAAUUUUUCCUAUAGGCUGGAAAAUAUGUACCUGAAAUUAGAUAUUAUUAUUAUUAUGCAUUUAAAAAAAAAAUUAUUUUAAUUAGAACAUCUUUCUUCACUAGAUAAAUUUAGAUUUAAAAUUAUUCAAAAACUCUCCACUUUCCAGAUGAUACAUAGUACUUAGUCUUUCUCAUAAUUAAAUUGCUCUUAGAUAAUCUUGCAAGUGAGGAAAACGUAAAGUGAGCAUUAUGGUGUUUUAAUGUGUUUCAAACCAAGAAUUUCCUUUUAGUGAUUAUCAUUUAGAUAGUUUUUCCAUAUCUCUACCUCUAAAUGAAAUUUCUGUUAAUUAUUUGAAUAAUUGUUCCUUAGCACAUCUAAAUAACAUAAUUUUCUUUUUAAAUUUACUCCUUAUUUUAUUAGAAAUAAUUUUGUAUAUAACCUAUUAGUUCUUCUGGAUGUUAUUUUCUUUUAAUGCCAGUUUAUAUAUUAGGAAAUAAGGAAAUUCUGACAAUAAAUCAGAAUGACAAUACAAAAACAAGAAGAAGGCCCUUAGAGGAUGUGAUUAUACUGUAUUAGGCACGUAUCCUCAUUGUAAAAUAGAAUAUUGAAAGAUUUAGAUGUAUAGGUAUUGCAUAGAUGCUUAAAGAAAUAAAUAAAUUUGAGACUUUUAUAGGAACUUCUUACAUAAACUAGGAUUCUUUCAACCUAGAUUAUGUAGUUAUUGAUAAGCUAUGCAAAUAUACAAACUAAAAAUAAAAAAAGUUUUGUUGUCGUCAUCAUUUUAUUUUUGUUUUCUCGGAAGUUUGUGGUUUAUUAUUUUUUAGAUGACAAAGCCUCAUUUUGAUUUGUGGCUCAGAGCUUUUAAUUAUAUGUUUCAUUAUCGUCUUCCUUUCUUUUUAUUAAUGUGCAUUAUGAGAAGUGUUCAGAAAAGAUGUAGAGUUUGUUAUUGCUUUUAUUUAAAUGUAUUUUUAUGUAUUGUAAAUAUAAAGUGUAUUGUACAGCUUUAUUAAGAAAGAGAAAUUUAAUAUAUUGUGUUGGAAAGUUGUAAUUUGGGUGAAGGGAAAACGAUAAUUUAUAUAAUGGGCAUUCUUGCUGAGGAUUAAGAAUGACUAAAUUUAAUUACGAAAAAAUUAAAUGUUAUAUAUAUUGCUUUUUUAUGUUCCAACAAUUAGAAUGGCUAGUCUUUUUGAAAAGAUGCUAUAUAAGAAAAAUUACAAAAUGAUAAAAACAAUUCUUUUUAUCAAAAGCAAAAAUAACACCAAAGGGUUGUUUAUGAAAUUUAAUUAUUUAUUAAAUCAAUUUAACUCUUGUUGAAUAAUUUGUUUUAUAAUGGCCUUGUUUUUAUAUUGAAAUAAGUGUCAAAGUAUUAAAAAAAAAUCAUCUCCACCGUAAGUGCCUACAUAUCGAGUACAAUUAUGCUCGGUAAAAAAGAAAACAAGCAAAAUAAAUGUUUUUUGUGUAAAAUCCCACACCCGAAAUCGCUUUGUUAUAACUGUUAAAAUAAUGUUUGUUGUACGUCGGUUUAUUUUGUUAUUAUGAAGUGAAAAUUUAAUUAAUAUUUAUGUUCAUGUCAUAUUUUAUAUCCUAAAUAUGUUAUUUGAUAGAGAAGUUUAGUUUUUUGUUAAAUGAUUGCAAAUUUUAAAUGUUUAUAAUAGUUUUAAAAAAUAAUAAUAACUAAUCAUUAACUAUUGAGCUUUGCACAUUUGCUGUUAAUUCUAUUAUACCUCAACAAGGUGCCCAUAGAAGCAAAUUUGUAGCAAAAUAUUCAGUAGCAAAGACAUUGCAUUAUUUGUUGUAUAAACAAAAAAACUUUUUUUGUUUUUGAUUCAGAGCAUUAGAUGAUGAAUACAUUCAAAUCUAUUUACAAUUUUUCAAAGCCUUAAAAAAUAUGCAUGCAGGGUCCAACAUUAUUAGAUGACUUUCCCUCGAAAUGUUAUUUCAAUCAUUUUAAUAUGUAUAGCUGUUAGCCGCUUCAUUCAAGAACAUUUUUUGUCUUAUUUUAGAAAGGAUAAGAGUCGAUCUGGUCAUUGGCUGUCAAUGCAAGUCCACACAGCAGGAAUUGUCUGUGAUAAAAUAAAAAUUAGUAGAUGGUAAUUAUUGAAUUUUGAUCAAACGAGAUCUUUUUAUGUGGAAAUUUUUCUUUCUGUGUGCUGUAAAACUGUAGAUUUUAUUUUCAUUUAUGAUUCAGAUUAUCUGAAUGUAGUGAUAAUAGUUUCCACAUAAUCUGUAAAUAGUUUACAUGCAGGAAUAGAAUAGUUUGUCUGUUUUAGGAUUUUUUUUUUUUUUAUUCUUUAACAAAUUUGAAUGUAUCUAUAUAACACUUACCAUAUUCGAUAUAUUUAAUUUUUGAAAUCACUAACAUAUGAUGUACAAUAUUAUUUCUGUGUAUGAUUAUUCUUACAAAUGGCCCAAUUUUUCCUCUCAAUAAUGUACAAACGAAUCAUUACUGCCACAGUUUUUCUUUGAAUUUUAUCUUGUAAUUGGCUUAGAUCAUUGGCAGAUUAUCCCAAAGGAAGGUUCGUAAGGUGGUCAUUAAAAUUUUAAUGUAAUAUUUCCAACAGAUUAAUCAGUGAAAAUUCAAGAUUUUCAUUAAUUAAUUCUUGUUAGUUUUUAAUUCAAUUUUUUAUCUAAAACUAUUUGUUUUAUUUUCUAUUGUCAUAAAAUUGUCAAAGAUUUUAAAUUAAUUAAUAUAUCUCAGCAAUCUGUUCUUGUUGCUGUGAUAAGUUUAAUUAAUUGCAAACAAUUGACAAAUGUUAUGACUAUGGAACCUCAGAGAUUAUAAUUGAUUUUAGUUACUGUUUAUUAGCUAGAAAACCAUACAAGUUUGAAAUAUCAAAUUUCCAUUAUUAAUUAAUGUAUUAUAUAAAAUUGUAAAAAUUCCUGGUAUUAUUUUGUAGAAAUUCAUUAAAAUUGUUAAUCAAUCACCUUUUAAACCUUCUUUAUUAAUAACUACAUUUUUAGAAUUACCAUUCUAAUUUUUGAAUGCAAUAAGUAUCAUGUAACCACAAACUUCUACCUCCAAUCAUUUUUCUUGUGUGAAAUAUCUAAUUAACAAAUGAGUUAUCGGUCAAUGAUCUCGUACUGUUACCAUUGUUUGAAAAUAUUCUAAGAAAAAAAAAUUCUAUUUCUCGUCGGAUUUUGUUAUUCGUAUAAAGAGAAGAAACUCUGUUUAAUAAUCAUGUCAUUGCUGUGAUUAUUAUUUUCAUUGCCUUCAAUACUCUUCGUCCAUUAAGUGGGGUUGUUUUUUCAAACAAGUCCCAGAUGCUCAAACUAGUUAUACUUGAAACAAUCAUCAUCUUGUUCUUUGUAAUCACAUUACAGCACUUGUGCCAAUAUGGAAUUUAGCCUGAGAGAAGCAUUGUGUCACAUUGCCAAUUUUUGUUUUUUCAUUAUGUCAAAUUGGAAUGUUGACUACAAGCUACUACCUCUAGGUUGGACAAACAGUAAUGGAAUAGUGUACAAAUGCACCAAUUUCUUGUUGCCUUAUAACUCUGAGCCUUUUCGAUAGUUCUGUCUAUAAGCCGAGCAUUUUAACGAUGAUGGUUUACGUUAACGUAGACUCGAGAAUAACGAAAGGUUGUGCGAC